GGAGACGUGGAAGGAGGGGUUUAUGGAGGGGUUUUAGUCAAAUGUUAAAUAUUAUGGUUUCUUGUUCUUCAAGCUCGUCAAUGGCGGCCCUUUCACACUCCUCCCUUUUCCAUUAAUCUGAAAAAAGGAACACUUGGGGAAAGCGAUACAGUCAUCUUUACCCCCAUUCCGAUUGCUUCAUAGUUGCUUCGCUUCACAGAAGCCUUCCUCCAUGUUGAAGGCUUUAAGGUCUUCUUCCUCCUUACAACAAGCUCGUUUUACCACAGGGGCGUCGUAUUUACAGUCUAAUUCACGCCAUGCGACUAAAUUGAGUUCUCCAUUUCAUGGAGUGUUGCGUUCUGUUCUAAGGGAUAAAAACCCUAAAUUGUUUCAAAGAGUUUUUUUCUGUUCGGAUUCGGGUGAUGGAUCUGGGUCCGGGCCAGAGUCCGUCGUUGAAGAAGUUGAGUCGAAAUCUGCAGCGGCGAUUGUUCCUACAGCUAUCAAAAAGCCGGAUGAUUUUCUCACGGUAAUAGCAUUGCCAUUGCCACAUAGACCAUUGUUUCCAGGAUUUUAUAUGCCAAUAUAUGUCAAGGAUCCUAAACUACUAGCAGCAUUGGUAGAAAGUCGAAAACGACAGGCUCCUUAUGCUGGUGCUUUCCUUGUAAAAGAUGACCCAGGAUCUGAGGCCGCAGGUUCGGAUACAGAGAAAAACAUAUAUGAGCUCAAGGGCAAAGAGCUGCUUAAUCGUCUCCAUGAAGUUGGUACACUGGCUCAGAUUACGAGUAUCCAAGGAGACCAGGUGGUUCUUAUUGGUCAUAGGCGGCUACGGAUAACAGAAAUGGUCAGUGAAGAUCCCCUUACCGUCCAAGUGGAUCAUCUCAAGGAUUCACCGUACAACAAGGAUGAUGAUGUCAUAAAGGCAACAUCAUUUGAGGUCAUAACAACCCUAAGAGAUGUUCUGAAGACGAGUUCUCUUUGGAGGGAUCAUGUUCAAACAUACAAUCAGCAUAUUGGUGAUUUUAAUUAUCCAAGAUUAGCAGACUUUGGUGCUGCAAUAUCUGGUUCGAACAAGUUACAAUGCCAGGAAGUGCUCGAAGAGCUAGAUGUGUACAAACGGUUGAGACUCAGUCUUGAGUUGUUAAAGAAAGAAAUGGAGAUACAUAAGAUUCAGGAAUCCAUAGCAAAAGCUAUUGAAGAGAAAAUAAGCACUGAACAGCGCCGUUACUUGUUAAAUGAGCAGUAUAAGGCUAUAAAAAAGGAAUUAGGACUCGAGACUGAUGAUAAAACAGCACUCACUGACAAGUUUAGGGAUAGAAUUGAUCCGAACAAGGAGAAGAUCCCACCUCAUGUUCUGCAAGUUAUUGAAGAAGAACUGAAAAAACUGCAACUCUUGGAAGCCAGUUCAAGUGAAUUCAAUGUUACACGUAACUAUCUUGAUUGGUUAACUGCCUUACCCUGGGGUAGCUAUAGCAAUGAGAACUUUGAUGUCCUACGGGCUCAACAAAUUCUUGACGAGGAUCAUUAUGGUUUAGCUGAUGUUAAAGAAAGGAUACUGGAAUUUAUCGCAGUGGGAAAACUCAGAGGAACAUCACAAGGAAAAAUCAUCUGCCUUUCUGGUCCUCCUGGAGUGGGUAAGACUAGCAUUGGUCGUUCAAUUGCACGUGCUUUAAACAGAAACUUUUAUCGGUUUUCUGUUGGUGGAUUGUCUGAUGUUGCCGAAAUCAAGGGUCAUCGUCGAACCUAUAUAGGUGCAAUGCCUGGGAAAAUGGUGCAGUGUCUGAAAAGUGUUGGAACGGCAAACCCUCUUGUUCUUAUUGAUGAAAUCGACAAGUUGGGAAGGGGACAUGCAGGUGAUCCUGCAAGUGCUAUGUUGGAGCUGCUUGAUCCAGAACAGAAUGCAAAUUUUUUAGAUCACUACCUGGAUGUUCCAAUCGAUUUGUCAAAGGUUUUGUUUGUAUGCACAGCAAAUGUAGUGGAAACGAUACCCAAUCCACUCUUGGACAGAAUGGAGAUAAUCCCGAUUGCUGGUUAUAUUACUGAUGAGAAAAUGCAUAUUGCCAGGGAUUAUUUAGAGAAGAGCACUCGUGAUGCAUGUGGUGUCAAGCCUGAACAGGUUGAAGUGACAGAUGCAGCUCUUCUUUCUUUGAUAGAAAAUUACUGCCGAGAAGCAGGGGUUCGGAAUCUCCAAAAACAAAUCGAGAAGAUUUACCGCAAGAUUGCUUUGAAACUAGUCCGCCAAGGAGCACAAAACGAACCUUCAGGUUUAGGAAGUGAGCAUCACGGGGAAGCAGAAUCUGCUGGUGAAUCGAGGGAAAUUUCAUCUGAUGAGCAAACUCAGGGUGCAGCCAAAUCGAAUGAGACUAACCAUGAACCUGGAUCUAACACUACAGAAGAAGCUGAAGUUGUCGAGCCAAAUGUUUCAACUGAUCAGGCUUCUGAUUUAAUGGAUUCCGAGACAACCAUAAAAUCCCAGGAUAAUGAAACACCUAACACAACUGAGAAAGUGUUGGUUGAUGAGAAAAACCUCAUGGAUUAUGUUGGAAAACCAGUUUUCCAUGCUGAACGCAUGUAUGAUCAGACACCACUUGGGGUUGUAAUGGGUCUUGCUUGGACCGCAAUGGGCGGUUCCACCUUGUAUAUAGAGACCUCCCAGAUUGAGCAAGGUGAAGGGAAAGGAGCCCUUAGUCUAACCGGACAACUUGGUGAUGUGAUGAAGGAAAGUGCCCAGAUUGCUCACACCGUUGCCAGAGCAAUAUUGGGUGUGAAAGACCACGAGAAUCCAUUUUUUGCAAAUUCCAAGCUUCAUCUACAUGUCCCUGCAGGUGCUACACCUAAGGACGGGCCUAGCGCUGGUUGCACCAUGAUCACUUCCAUGCUCUCUCUUGCAAUGAACAAGCCUGUCAAAAAGGACCUAGCGAUGACUGGGGAAGUAACCCUCACUGGGAGGGUCCUUCCAAUUGGUGGGGUGAAGGAGAAGACUAUAGCUGCAAGACGGAGUGGUGUGAAAACUAUAAUUUUUCCAUUGGCUAAUAAAAGAGACUUUGACGAGCUUGCAUCUAACGUGAAGGAAGGCCUUGAUGUACACUUUGUAGACGACUACAAUCAAAUAUUCAUACUGGCUUUUGAAGACCUGCAAAUGGAAAAGUAAGCCCUCAUAAAUUUCAUCAUUCGAGUACUGGAGUGUCGUUCCCUCCAUUCUCAGGUACUACUUCUGUGUGGGAUAUACUGGUUUAUUCUCGCUCUUCCUAACUGAUCCACCAAUGAAGCCAACAAGUUUGCUGUUGAAAUUCCCCCCCCC